ACGAUGAGCACCGCGAUUGACCUCGACGAGUACCUAGUACCUGGGACCUCCAACACUUACUAUAUCCCGGAGUUCGUGACAGAAGAGGAGGAAGAGUUCCUCAUCAGGAAGAUCCAUGAAGCACCACAACCCUGGUGGAAGCGGCUUGCGAAUCGCAGGCUACAAAUUUGGGGCGGGGACUUGACAGCGAAAAAAGCCCUUAUUCCCCAAGACAUGCCCCCAUUCGUGAACCAAUAUCCCGACAUUGUCGGUCGCAUACGAGAAACGGGUGCCUUCAAGGGGUCCGCUCACCACCAGCCGAAUCAUAUUAUCAUGAAUGAGUAUGCGCCUGGUCAGGGUAUCAUGCCCCACGAGGACGGCCCAGCGUACCACCCGGUCGUCGCAACCCUCUCCCUGGGAUCACAUACCGUCUUCCACUACUACAAGUAUAGAUCCGACGACUCCGAGUCCGGUGCCCAAACUCAAAGCGGGCAGUCCGCCGGGACAACGACCGCUGCAGGGCCCCUGAUGGUCUCCGGUGCUGGCAAGCCCAUCGACCCUACCCCGGUGCUCUCGCUCCUCUUGGAGCCGCGCAGCCUUGUCAUCACUACCUCGUCACUGUACACGGCGCACCUGCACGGGAUCGACGAGCUGCUUGAGGACAAGUUCGUCGAGGACGGACGGCCACCGCAGGAGCGCAUCGCGAACUUCGACAUGCUGAGGGAAGGGGCCGAGAAGGCGGCGGUCGCGAGUGGGGGGAUACUCGAGAGGGGGAUGAGGUUUAGCUUGACGUGUCGGGACGUGGAGAAGGUCCAUGCCGGUGGCGGGGCGUUGUUCAAAAAGCUUAGGGGUUAG